AUGGCAAGUAAGAGUAAGGGACGCAUGUGUGUAGUUGCAGGAUGCAACAACAUACCCUCGGACACCGUUUCCGUCCAUGUUUUCCCUAAGGACGAGCGACAGAGAGCAGCAUGGACUCGAUUUGUGAGACUGACCCGUGCAGACUGGACAGGACCGUCACAGUAUACUGUUGUUUGCAGUGCACAUUUCACGGACGGAUGUUUCGAGGUUCAGUUUUCACUGAUGAGGGAAUUUGGAAUUCCUGCGAAAAAACGCCUCUGCCCUGGUGCGAUUCCAUCGCUUUAUCCGAAGAGGAAAGUGGACGACCUCAACCUUGCCUUCCUCUCUUCGCCCGAGCCUAAACCCAAGCGCCAGACUGCCGCCAAGCUGGAGAAAAAUAGGAUAUUAUCAGAAUUGAUACCCGAGAAUGAAAGUACUAGCAAGGCAGUAUCAGAGGAUAGGAUGGAAGUACAUGUACCUGAGAUUGAAAAGAUGGAAGUAGAUAAUCCAGAACCAAGUGAAACAGCUGCAGAGACUGAAAAAAGAGUGACUUCAACAGCAACAGGGUAUCAGACAGCAACUAUUGGGAAGCGGAGUGUGAAAAUCCAAGUCGCUGCUAAACAGAAAGAGAAAGGUACCAAGGAGAGUGAGAAAAUGAGCAACAUCAUAUUGUCAAGCCAAAGGAAGAAGGAUAUACCCAAGCUAUCGCCAUUGUUUCAAACUUCCCAAAUUGAGGCUUUUCACAGCACAAUUAAUCACUUUGCCCCAAAGAUGAUAGCUUUUUCUUAUCAUGGAAUGUAUUGUAGGUUGAUGAUUGCAGUUCUACAUUUUAAUGUGAAUUCCUCAAGGCCGCAUGCCAUAACGAAGGAGGGGGACCAACAAUUUAAGAUCAGCUUCCCAAAGUUCAAGCAUGGGGAAUGCAGUGUUCGUAGGACGCCUGUUGAUCCUACAUUUAACUAUGCAUCAGUCCUGAUGAAAGAGACUUAUUUGGCCUUUCAAGAGUCAUCAGAACCAUUAUCAUGCUCAUUGCCAGCUCAACCACCUCCACUGUGCAGUGAAUUUUUUCCAUCCUGACAAAGAAGAAGCGGUUCUACAUUUUAGAUCAAGGUUCAGUCGGAAGGAGACAUCCGUGUGAAUGUGAACAAAACGUGACGCUAGCUCUUUGGACAUUCUAGCAAAGCAGAUAAAAGAUAUGUUGGUCAUGCAGAUGUGUUCUUUUUUAAUCUUGUUUAAAAAUGUUUUAAUUAUUGUGAAACAUCUUUAUCUUCGGGUUUUGUUUAAAUCUGAACCAAAGUCAUAUACAGCAGUAUGUUGUGAAAACAAUUAUUUUUACAAAUACAAAAUUACUGGGGACAACCAUGAUAUAGGGUCUGACCGUUAGGUAACAAUCUGUUUGGAACAGUGUAUUUUUGCAAAUAAUUUAUAGAAUGAAAUAUUAGCAUAGUAUAUGUAGUAUUAGCUUAGUAUAUAUCAUAGUUGUAAGAGUUAAAAAAUGACAAAACUUUUUUUUUAAAAAUGGGAACAUGAAAGCUACUAUUAUGUUCAUAAAUGUAUUAUUUUUGGGCCAUUUCUGUUAGAAUGUUGUGCUUGAUUUUUUUGUAUACAUCAUGUAUGAAUCGUACAUUUGUUUAAAAAAGUUGCUUCAUCCAAAUCAUACCAUCACUCACGUGCAUUGAACCCUUGAUACACCUCAGAGGCAAAGGAAUUCCAUCACAGCACAUGAGGGUAGAGGGACUCGUACCUUGUGCCCUAGGUAUCCUUAGCACCAUCAAACAAGUUGUCUGUGUGCUGUGUAUCUGUUACACCUUGGAAUUAGUCACUAAUGAUAAACUAGCAAUGGGACCCAAUGGUCAUGUGAAUUUUGUAUUGAUUAGAUCAAUAAAAAAAAUUUACUUG